AUGGCAGAUGCGGAAAAGAAUGAAAAGGUGAUACCCAGUGCUCCUGAACCGGAUAACAAUUCAACUGAACCUUCCACUAUCCCCUCCAGUGCUAUAGUUUAUCCGCAAGUAAAUAUCUCUACACAGCCUGCUCCACCUUAUCCAACAGCUACAUCGGGGAGUUCAUCAAUGCCAUCCGUACCUUCAACCGGAUAUCCUGGGCCACCUCCGUUACCAUCGUAUCAAGAAGCAAUAAACUUCCCAACCGCUGCUCCCUAUGGGCAACCACCGAUGAACUCAACUUUUCCUCCGAAGCCUUAUCCCAAUAUGGGAUAUCAUCCUCAAGCUCCCUACCCUAUGGGUGUUCAACAUCCAACUCAGAAUAUCAUUCAUGUGCGUGAAGGUCCAACACCUCAAUCAACUGUUCUCGUACAAGUAACUACGGGUAACUGUCGAGUUUGCGGUGGAGUUUUCAAACGACGUUUGAGCUUCUUGUAUAUUCUAUGUCUUAUCGGUCUUUGUAUUUUCGCCUUUCCAUUAGCAUUACUCUUCUUAUGUUUCUUACCUUGUGCAUAUUCCUAUCGGUGUUCUAACUGUGGACGAACUCCUUAG